UUUUACCAAGGACAAAACAAAUUGACAUUUUAGAAAACAAAAUAACAUUUUAGAAACCAAAAUAACAAGACGCAAAACACUUUUACCAGUCCCGAAACAAAUUUACAAAUGAUAGAUUCUUCACGGAAAGGGAAUGUACCACAUACCGGAAGUGACUAGGUGAAAGCGGGUGAUAGGUGUUGUUGGUGAGCGCGGUCAAUUCGUGUUGUCGUAUGAAGUUUAAUGAAGUUUUUGGUGACUGAACAUGGACUCCGGCCGAGGAAUGUUUUGCCCGUUUUGUGGCAAACACAUGACCAGCUUAACGCGGUUCUGCUUUGCGUGUGGUCGUUGUUUGGAGUUUUUAAAGGACGUGAACCAGACUGAAACAUUGGAGAAACCGGGGACUUCUCGACAGCCGGACACAGUGCAGAACAACCCAUGCCCAUCAUACAAACAGUUCAUGGAGUACAGAAGCUCGAAGUCACAAGAACGACAGUCUUUUAACUAUGGGCCAAAAGGAAAAUAUAAGCCUAAGGAAAGAAAACACGUCCAGAUAAACGUAGGAUUGAUGGGGCCACAUGGAACUGAUGGAACUGAUUUAAAACCUCUAAGAGGGAAAACACUCCCGUUAUUUACAGACCCAGAGAUAGCAGCACCUGAUCUACUCAAACAAGCUGUCCAGAAAUUGAGAACAUUUAACAAGGACAUGCCCGAAGGACCUUAUGUCCUUUUGUAUCCAGACUGCUCAGAGGUGGUCCAUGUGCCUGGGUCAGAAAGUUCAUUUAAAUUGGCAGAAUAUAAAAAGGAAAUAGGAAAGGCAUAUUCCAGGAUAACUUUUUUCAUUUGCCUUGAGAAACACUAUAAAAGAGAGUACGAUACCUCCGAUUCUGAUUCUGAAAUUGUCAUCACAACAAGGAGCAGAGCUGAAUUAAAUCGAGCUGACACUUUGGUUUUUGAACCACAAAAUCAAAGUACUCCCAAAUACAAACUGGAAGAUGAAAGAGAGGAAACGGACAUUGCAUUAUCUGACAUCGUAGCAAACCUGUCGCUUCCUAUUGAUCAUAAAAAAGUCAGCCAGUUCAACAUCUCAAGGGCUAAUGUUUGGGAUGGGGCAGUCAGAGGUUUCAAGCGUACAACAUAUUCUGAGACCUGUGACAUGCUGGUGAAAUUUACUGAUGAUACUGGUGUUCUGGAAGAGGGAAUUGACACUGGUGGUCCAAGACGAGAGUUUUUAACUCUACUAAUGAAACACCUAAAAGACCGGCCCAUUUUUGAUGGACCAGAAGGACAUCGGUUCUGGGUCUACAAUGCAAAUGCUGUUAGGGAGGAUGAAUACUACAUGGCAGGAAAGAUGAUUGCUGUGUCAGUUGUGCAUGGAGGUCCAGGACCCCAUUUCCUGUCGGAAGAUCUUGUACAUUAUCUUGCAGGCCAGCCUUCAUUCCAUGCAACAAAUAAUUUAAUAACUGAUGAAGAAAUAGGAAAAGCUUUGCAAGAGAUUGAGAAUGCUGCUUCAUUGGAUGCUCUGCGAGAAUGUAUGAUGAGACACAGCACAAUGUUACAGACAGCAGGUUGUCUGAGACAUGUGGCUACUGUGGAUGAAAAGAAACAAAUCGUGUCAGACUACCUCCAAUGGUAUAUUAUUGACCGCAACUCAUCUGUAAUUGACAGAUUCAGAGACGGUCUUUCAACCCUGGAGUUUUUGACUGCACUACAGCAACACCCUACUUUGCUGGCCCCUGUCCUGUGCCACUCUGAAAGGCGACUCACUGCUUUUGAACUUGAGUGUCUCUUCAAACCUGACCUCAGUCCUUCGGGGAGUAAUCGAAGACUUAAGGAAAGUCAAACCAUGGCCUACUGGGCAGACUAUCUCCUUGAUUGUGAAGAAAGCCAUGCUGCUGUGUCUGUGGAAGAUGUUUUGAUGUUUGCUACUGGGCUGUCUUCACUUCCCCCAUCUGGCUUGGAACCACUGCCACAAAUAGAGUUCCUCGAUGACUCUGCAUUCCCAAUGGCAAAUACAUGUUCAAACUCCUUGAGAUUACCACUUCUAGACUCUUACACUUUGUUUAAGUCACAAAUGGACUUUGGAAUUCAAAAUAGUCCAGGAUUUGGCUGUUUCUAAGCUAUAUGAUGGAUGACCCCUAGAGUUAAAGGAUUAGUUCACCUCAAUGAAAAUGUCCUAAUAAUUUACUCCAAUGCCAUCCAAGAUA